UCACUCUAUUUCAUCCAUCCAGGGUGACGCCAGUCCCUCUCACCCCGCCCCGUUCAACUCAGUCCACUGCGUUCAUUUCAUUCCUGCUCCCAUUCCGCGCAUAUUUCGCAUCCUUGGAGAGACGCUGCGCAUUUUACGCACUCAGCGCGCCCGAUCCUUCAUCAAACCAAAACCGUGAGGAGACUCUGGAGUUGGCGGAGUGCUUCCCGAUGCUGUAGCGACUCCGAUCCAUGGAAAAGUGUGGGAAUUAAUCCAUUAAGAGGCGUAUGAAUCGAGGGUUCCUGCUGUCUGAAGUUGGAUUUGGACCAGCCUGCUGAGUUGUCUAGUCUACCAGCAACUUUUAGUAUUAUUAUUGGUAGUUUAAUUAUUGGUAGCAUUUGGGAUUACCGUUGAAGCAGCAGUAUGGAACGCAGUAGCUGGAGCGGCAGUGAGAGCCCAGGCGACGACAUGGAACGAUUAAGUGACUCAGGAGGAGAUAAGACCAUGGACGGGGACCCUGAGGGAGUCUGGAGCCCCGACAUUGAGCAGAGCUUCCAGGAGGCCCUGGCCAUCUACCCACCUUGUGGAAGGAGGAAGAUUAUACUGUCAGAUGAAGGAAAGAUGUACGGUCGAAAUGAGCUGAUAGCCAGAUACAUCAAGCUUCGAACAGGCAAGACGCGGACAAGGAAACAGGUAUCCAGUCAUAUCCAGGUUUUAGCCAGAAGAAAAUCCAGGGAGUUUCAAUCAAAACUGAAGGACCAGAAUGCCAAGGAAAAGGCAAUGCAAAGCAUCUCCUCCAUGUCCUCGGCUCAGAUUGUCUCAGCCACCGCCAUACACAGCAAACUCCUGCCUGGAAUAGUACGGGCCAGCUUCCCCAGCAACGCCCAGCUGUGGCAGGGGAUGAUUCCUGGAGGACAGUCUACCUCCAACACAGAAGAUAUUAAGCCGUUCUCUCAGCAAGCCUACAAUGUGCAGACAGCAGGGACCCCCACAAUCUCAGGCUAUGAGCCUCCCAAUGCAGCCCAAACACACAGAGAGCCAGCGUGGCAGGGUCGCUCCAUUGGCACCACCAAACUACGACUGGUAGAGUUUGCAUCUUUCCUAGAGACACAGAGGGACCAGGAGGCAUAUAACAAGCACCUGUUUGUGAACAUCAGCCAGAGCAGCCCGAGCUACAGCGACCCCCUGCUGGAGUGUGUGGACAUCAGGCAAAUAUAUGACAAGUUCCCCGAGAAGAAGGGCGGCCUCAAGGAGCUCUUUGGCAAGGGCCCGCAGAACGCUUUCUACCUGAUCAAAUUCUGGGCGGAUCUGAGUUAUAAUGUACAGGACGACCCAGCUGCCUUCUACGGCGUCACCAGCCAAUAUGAGAGCUCAGAGAACAUGACCAUCACCUGCUCCACCAAGGUCUGCUCCUUUGGCAAGCAGGUGGUCGAGAAGGUGGAGACGGAGUACGCAAGGUUUGAAAACGGGCGCUUUAUCUACAGAAUCAGUCGCUCUCCGAUGUGUGAAUACAUGAUCAACUUCAUCCACAAGCUCAAACACCUGCCUGAGAAAUACAUGAUGAACAGUGUGCUGGAGAACUUCACUAUUCUGCUGGUUGUGAGCAACAGAGACACUCAGGAGACCUUGCUGUGUAUGGCGUGUGUAUUUGAGGUGUCCAACAGUGAACACGGAGCUCAGCACCACAUCUAUCGACUCAUCAAGGAAUAACACACACACUUAUACACACGCACACAUAUAGCCUUUUUAUUGGUGAUUAAUGGUGACAUUGGAGGUAAAAUGUCAAAAAACGGAAUCCUACAAAAGUGUCUUUCAGCCAAACAACUCGACUUAGUGAGUAAGGAAAUGGCUGCAUUUGCACUGCUGCUCACAACACACCACAACAAGAAUUGGGUCAUUAUUAUUUAACAUCGGAUAUGAUGCAGUAUGCUGCAGAAUCCUCAUCAGCAGGAACAUCCCCACAUAUAAAUCUUAACUCCAGCCUGAAUAUCUGUUGUUGAUUAGCUGUAAAAACCACAGUGAUCCAACACAUCAGAAUCGACCUGGGUGGUUUUUCCAAAAACAUCCCGACUCUGAUAUCACCUGGAGAUGUCAUGUCUCCUGCUAAUUGGUUUAUUCCUCUCUUUCUCCCAGUACAUUUGUAUUUUGCUGUUCUGUAGAUGGAAAUGAAAGUAGUACUUCUGUCAGGUGCUUUUGGGAAAGUCAACCCAGGGCCGAAAAACAAAUCUAACAAUUUCCGCCCCCAUGUGACAAACGUGUGUGUUAUCUGCCAAGAUAAAGGUCAGACCCUGUGUAUCAUUAAUAACCAGAGAAGAAAAUAACACUACUAAAUUAUCAUAUAGUACAGUAUAGAGGUGGUUUUGUACAGAUAGCCACUGCAAAUUGUGAGCUGCAAUCUUGCACAAAAAAGAGGUUUGUUCCCAAAGAAAAUAAAUCAAAGUUUUACCUUUUUGUAUGUACUCUUUAAAAAAAAAAAGAAGAAUAGCUUCGAAACUUUGGGAAAUUGUUUAUUGAUAGUAGCAUAUAGACUAUAUUUUAAUUCCAGGAACACUAUCUAAAAUGUAUGUUAAUAAGAAAGUAUAAUUGAAAUUAAACAAUACAGGUACCUUUUUGUGUAAGUUGACUCUUCAUCAAGAUUGAAUAAAUAAAAAGGCAUGUUAAAGCUAUAAUCCUUAAUAUUUCAGUUCUGGCUGUUUUGGCCCUAAAGACAAAUACAGUAUGCUUCCUGUCAGUGCUUCACAAUAAAAGGCACUACAUGUUUUGUCAGUUGAGGGCUUUUAAUAUGAAGCGGCAUCAGUAGGAAAUGUUGGGUUAGUACUGGCAGGUUUGAUUUCAUGAACAGCUUAAGGAUUAUAAUUUUAAAUAUCAAAUAUAUUGUGGUCAAUCUAUUGGGAAGCACUGUGAAUCUUUAAAACAACAUAAUUCAUGGUGUACAAGGUAAGGAAACUUUUCAAACUGUUAUAAAAAAUUCUGAUCAGGUUUUACUUACGAAUUAAACUUAGCUUAGUUCAAUAUGCUUGCACCAGCUGAAUUAAGCUUUAACAUGUCCAUACAUGUUAUAUCCAUAUUUAAAUGGAAGAUUAUCCUGACCAGAAGCCAUGGCACCUGCUUUUCAUUUUGAAAAAAAGGGAUGAGACACAGUUCCCUUUAAUUAGUCCAGGACUUGUUUCUUCCAGUCAGAUGAUAUUAUGUCAGAAUUGUGAUGGUGUACUAUAGCAGGUGAUGAUUGGUGGUUUGUAUGUGUCAUACCCAGCAGCAUGAAGUGCCUUUGGUUUGUAACAGCAGUAUACAUUUCUAAUCUGUUUCAUGAAAGUCCUGAUACUUUGGUGUUGUUAAUGGUCUAUAGAAAGUCAUUUUAGUGAAUGGUUAAUUAUCCAAAUUCCAUAUUUAAAGGGGCUGUACUUAUUAUAUUCUUCACUCUUUCAUGUUACUUGAUAUAACAAAGAUAACCCGGACUAUGACGGACUAUUAACCAUUUAUUAGCACAACAGCAUGUGUUCACAGCAGCAUGGCUAACACCAACAACGGGAGCUAAAGUUACCCACAAUCCAUCAGGUGUAUUACACUACGGAUCCCACAGUAGCGCAAAAUACACAACAGUACUCAACAUUCAGAACAUUAAUAUAGCAGUGAAACAAACAUUUGCUCGUAAUGAUACAGUGGAGUAAUGGUGUCCUUAGCAAAAGAAUGAAGUCACACUCUCUGUGUGUGUGUGUGUGUGUGUGUGUUAGCCAAGUUUCUAUGUUCUUUGUUUUGUGAGCUGGUCCGGUUGCGCGACUAACAUAGUCCAUGUGAAAAAACUUAGGACCCGCUGUUUUUAUCUAGUAUUCCUAGUACAGCUCCUUUAAUGACUGUUUCUUGUUGUAAUUUGUAGACAGUAGGCAGUGAACCAUACUAAAUAAUCUUUGUUCCCAUAGGAUAUUUAUGAGACACAUUCUUGUUUACUUAAUUUUAUGACGGCAUUUACAUGUAUUUGUUACAUGUAUGUGUGACAGAUUCAUGUUGAAACCGCUUGCACACUAGGUAUUGUCUGGUGCCUGUUUAGGGCAACUUUUACCAUUUUACCAGACCUGAAAUGAGCCAUCUUUCAUUAGAACUAGCCAGCUGUUAAAUCUUUGGUGUUAACAAUGACUCAUAUUGUAUGAUCAGGUAGAAGAUUGAUGAUACGACUAUCAGUGUUGUACCAUUAUGCUGAAAAAUUUUAAGAUUUGCCAUUGUCCAAAACCACUAUAUUUUGACUCCGUUUGUCUAAAGACUCCUGUGGGUGUCUCUCAGGGUACAGACAGCUGUCCAACAAAAUGCCAUCUUUGGUGAAUCAUUCUGUCAGGAAAACCCCUUUCAAAAUACCCCUGCCUUCAACUUUUUUUGUAGUGGUUUGUUGUUUUCAGGCAGACUAGACCUUCACUGCAGAGUACUAACUUGUAACAUAUACAAGAUAACCUAACACACAGCCUCAGAGGGGCUGAUUUUGCAAUAAUGACCCUCUGUCUGGAUAUUAUCAACCACAGCUUACCAAAGACAGUCAUCAUGUGACACAAAAUACAGAGGAAAAUAAAUUCAUUACAAACUAGAGUAACUUU